AGAUGGCGUAUGAAAUGCAACAAUAGCAAUGGCGUUGCACGUUAUCACUCCCAAAUUUUCAAAAUUUUGAAUUUUCUAUCAACAGAUUUCAAAGUAAGAGUGGAAAAUAAAUCGAAGUGAUACGAAUUAUAUAAGUGUUCGUAAGUUGGCGAUAAAAGUGUAAAUUCUAAUCGUGAGAAUCUGUUCAUAAUUUCGGACUAAUGACUUUACUAUAUCAUUUUUUUUUUCGAUCUUCAAGGCAUUAUUGCCAUGCUUAUUGAUUGUUUCCGCGGAUAUUGUUUACAAAUCGUAAUUCUUUUUGCUAUCAUUCUUAUUUCAACGUUUAAUUUACGAACAUUCGAUGAAACGUGUUGAGUUUGAUUGAGUAAUGUACUUUAAUAAUGAAUUAUCAACGCUGACUUACUUAAACCCAGUGCACUUCACAUCUUGAACGUGUUCAAUUGUUCCUAGAGUUCUGCUAACCAGUACAUAUACUAAUAUGACGGAACAAGUCGAGGAUAACCCCAUUUUGAAUAAUCCCGAAGUGGAACACCGCGAAGAAGCAAAAUUUAACGAAGUGCCUCUCAGCGUAUCUAUCAGUGCUAAUUCGAAUAGUGCCUCUUCUCCUGUGAAUCCUAAUCGAGACAAUACCAGUGCGAUAGAUAGUAAGGUCGAUGACAACCAUAUUGAAAACAACUCCAUAAGUAAGACUUGCGAACAAAAAAACGAUACAACGUCGAAUGCAGUUCCUGGGCAAGCUCUCGGAAGUGAUUCGAUUUUUGAUACGAUUAAAAGCCUCUCAGUUCAAAAUUAUCGCGAUGACAAUAGUGACGAUAAUUCCGAUUCGAGUGAUUCCGACAGCAGUUCUACGGUUUCCGAAGAAAACGAAGACAGUGACAAUACUUCAUUGAGUGAAUUGACUGACAAAAAAGCCUUCUCUUACGCUCGUACCAAAGGAGAAUUGACUUUGCAGGAUUUACCUCCCAUCGAAGAUUUAACAAUUACGGUAGAAGAAAGCAAAUGUAAACCUAUAGGGUCUGUGUUUAAUAUGGUUGACACUAUGGUGAUUGUUCAAUCGUUUCCGAAUACACCACCGCUUGACAUCGACACUGUUUUGUUUUUGGAUCGUGGUCAACGUCCAUUGGGUAAAAUUUUCGACGUAUUUGGACCGGUGCAUGAGCCGUUAUAUUGCGUACGAUUCAAUUCGCCCGACCAUAUUAAAGAGAAAAAUAUUUCCAAAGAGCAAGUGGUAUAUUGCGCUCCUCAAACCGAGUAUACUUCAUUUAUACAUACAGCUGAAUUAAUGAAGAAUAAAGGAAGUGAUGCUUCUUGGACGGAUAACAACGAACCACCGGUUUCAUGUUUAGAUUUUUCAGACGACGAAGAAGAGGCUCGUUCAAAACGUCGUUCGAAACCGGUACCGGGUUCGAAACGCGAAAACCAAGGAGAAACCGAUUCCUUCGUAAAGAAAAUGAAUCAACGGAAUCUAGAAUUAACUGCUAAACGAAAAAAAGAAGACGAAGCGAAGCAAAAACGAAGCCCGUUAAUCAGACGAGUAAUGUCAAAUUCUAGCAGCUCCGUAGAAAUGGUGAACAUGAAUUCGCAGUCGUGUUUUCCGCCGUUUACCGCCAACGAUAAUUAUAAACUGAAAUCGAGACCUUUUGCGGGCGAUUCGUCUCGAUUAGCGAAUUUCCAUCACAACUCGAGCAGUACUCACGUAAAUAAAUUUGACGGACCGUCGCAAUCGGUCAACUACAUGGUCGGCGGAUACAGCUCACCGUCGAAUUUCACAUUCCCUCCACAGCCGUUUUUAUGCUCUUCACCACGCCAGUUACCAAGUGUGGCGCCAACGGCGCAAAAUUAUCUCACCGUGUAUUCUCGUCCUCCGAUGCAUUCUCCUAUGGCGCCUUAUUCGUCGUUCAGCUCGACCAGUAUUCCACCGCUGCCGUCAUUCCCUCCGCAGCCUCCUCCAGCGAUACAUCGGCCUUUACCGCCGCCUCCGACCAUGCAUCCGUCGAUGCCUCAAUUUUCAAAUUUUAACCCCAUGUCAGCUCUUCCGUUACCUACGACAAUGCCUCAAGCUAAUUUCUUCCCUUGCCCCGAUGCUCCACCUGUACCUCAACAAGCCUUUAUUCCGUUGAACGUGAGGCCUAACUUAUCGGCGUCAUUCCAUCCGCAAUUCGUAUUACCACCUCCGCCGCCGCCGCCUCCUCCUGCUUCUCAACAUCAUUCUCAGCAAAGAGAUAAUUCGCGGCCGGAUAGAAGAUCCCAAGCUACACAUCAAAGUAAUUCCUUUUAUCCUACGUCUUAUAACUCCUAAUUUAUUGUUCGUUCUACCUUGGUUUUUUUUCUAAAUAGUAUUUUUUCCCUUUGAAAUAGUCAUUUUUCUUCUGCGAAUUUUUAAUAACGUAUUACAGAAAUUUCUGACUACGUUAAUUGAUCGAUACAUAGCGUAUAAAUAGAAAGAACUAGUCAGUUUUUUUUCCUUUUGUAUUUUAAAGUACAAAGCUUCGAAUUAUUUAUUUUAUUGUUUAUUUUACAAAGUACCGGAUAAUAUGAAAAACCACCCUUUUUACGCUGGUGUCAAUAUAGUUGCAUACGUCUACUCUUCAAAAAAAAUAAUAAUAUGUAUUUGGAGUUAAUUGAUUCACGUACAUACAUUGUCCUGUGAAUAAUGUGACGUAUCGCUAUAUUUUUACGUAUUUUAUCGUAGUAUCUAAGUGUUUUGAAAUUUCACGUAAUAAUGUUUUACGUUUAUACUUAAUAUUUUGUUUUGUUCAAGGUCAUUGUGUUUAUUUAUUGACUAAAAGUGAGCUUUUGUAAAAGCGCCGAGUUGUGUUUAAAUAUUUUUAAUUUAGUAUAUUAUAUUAGAAAGUGUAUUAUUAAUACUGAACCAAGUUCUAUGCCAAUUACGCUUACUCAAAUUUUACAAAGACGGCUAUAAUUUCAACUACAAAGAUAUCUCUGGUGAAAUAGUUACCCUGCCUUGUUGAAUCGGUAGUUGUGCCAUAAGGGAAAAAAAUUAAAAAUGAAAAUAGUUCAAUCUACGACUUCGCCAUUCUAUCUUGAUAGCGAAAAUUUCUUCAUUAUUGUUUCAUGUUUGAUAUUCUGUUUGAUGAAAAAUAAAAAUUUCGAGAUUAUUUAACAUCGGAGCUAACAGCAUUGGAGAUAUUAAAGAGUAAUUGCCUUUUUUAAUAUUCUAUCCAUCUUAUGAAAAUAUUAAUCGAGUUUUUUGGUUUUGUUUUUAUGUGUUUCGAUAUUAUAUUACAAAAUGUAAUCCACUACGCUGUAGGAACUUAAUUUCACUAUUUUUUAUGUAUUAAAAGUUGUUAUAAAA